AUGGUCCAGAAAUUCCUCCCCCACGGCCCUGGUAGCAGCAAGAUGGCCUACGAAAUAUACCGAAACCGCCAUUCAUCCGAAUCCGACUUCAAGCUAAUCAGUGACAUGUACGCGCGGGUGAUGGGCGAAGACAAAGUCCUCUGUGUCAACGCACAGCGGAAUCUCGAGCGUGGCGUAUUUACCUCGGGACAACUCCACCCGAAGUUCGAGAAGGCGCCGCUGUUCUUCCAGAGUACGGUUCGGGAUGUUAUUACCGAGCACUUUGAGAGAGAAAAGAAUGCGGGCAAGGAGAUUUGGCCGGCUAAACAUAGGCUUACGACCAAGGAUGUCGACAAGAGUGAUAAGGAUGAGGAUAUUUGUGCGGCGUUGGCUUGUGGAAAGACGGCAGAGGGUUUGGUUUGGUGA